UCUUUACAGGUUAAGGACAUAUUGUCACAAUGGGGAUAGCCUUAGCGAGAGCAGCACAAUGGACAUCUGUGAGCUCUGGGACUGGCAACUUAGAAAUUACACCUUUGAAUGAGUCCUUGCUAAACACUAUCAUUAAGUAUGUGGAAAAUUUCAAUUCCAGAUAUCCCCAUGAGGCAAAACUUGUGUUUCUGGAACCUCUUGAGUGGAUAACAAAAGUAGAACCAUCUGCUUUUGGAGCAAGCUGGGAUAUCAGUGGAUCAACAGUAAAGUCUUAUGAAAUGGAUAAAGAUGGCCAUCCCUUGCUAUUCUUGUCAUCCUCUACACUACAAAUACACAGCUUUCAGCUGCUGGGUGAAUUUUUGCAGGUAGCCAAUGAACGAAAGUUGAAAGAAGCACAAGCAUGCCUAGAAGCAAACAGAGAUCCUGUAGCUAAAAUUCUUGGACCAAGCUUUGCUACUGUAGAAGGAGAAGAUACAUCAAUGUUACGACUGCUUGAUAAGAUAAAGAAUGAUGAAGACCCUGAUGGAGAGCUAAAAAUGAAAAUGUAUUUACUACUUCAGCAGUUAGAUGUGCAGCUUCUGAACAGUUCUUUGAAACAGAUCUCACAGGAUGCACGUAUAUCUCCUGCUUCUGUAAAGAAUGAUGUAGAACUCCUUAAACGAUAUUCCGGUAUUGGAGAGAACACAGUACUGAAAUUCAUUGACUAUACAUCAGAGUAUGAAUUUGCAAAUGGAUGCCGGGCUCCACCUUGGAGGCAGGUGCAUGGAGAAAUUUGUUAUCUGGCUAUUAAACCACAUGAUAAAGAUCUCACCUAUGUUACAUGCAGCACAGCUGGGGCAUUUUUGAAUGGGGGAAAGAAGACAGAGGAAGAAACCAUUGACUAUGACAGGAAAAGUGAAAUUUAUAGAGACUUGUUCACACUAUUAAAGAAAAUAUCUCCAAUAUUUGCAGAAAAUAUCAGCAAACAGGAGUUUGUUAGCCAUGAAAAUCCUCCUUCAACAAAAAUAAUGCAGAAUGUGGAAUUAGUUGAUGCUAAGGAGCCCAGCCAAACUCAGAGGUCUUAUGAAAAUCAGGAAAAGAUUGUACAUGAGAAGAGAACUCAUCAUUUAGAAGAAAGCAAGGCUGUUAACAAAAAGAAAUUAGAGCCAUCUCUGAAAUGGAGAAACCUCAGCCUCACUGGUCCCCAAGAUAAUGAUGUCAAAGAAGGCAGAAUAAAAAAAUAUCAUGGACAUGAAAAAAGUAAAAGCAAUGACUACAUCAAUUCUACUAGUCCAAGGAGCAGAAGAAAAACAAAUGCCUCUACUUCUCCUGGCAGAAAAGGACCAUCACCUAUGAAAGGGAGGAGUUCUGGGUCUGAAGAGUUUAGUGAAAGUUCCACAGAGAGUGAAGAGGAUGAAGAGCAGCCUGAUCGGAGGCAGGAAGGCAACACAGAUCUACCCUCAGAGUAUUGGCAAAUUCAGAAAUUAGUGAAGUAUUUAAAGGGUGGCAACCAGACUGCUACAGUUAUUGCAUUGUGUUCCAUGAGAGAUUUCAACUUGGCUCAGGAGACAUGCCAGUUGGCAAUCAGAGAUGUAGGUGGUCUUGAAGUCCUUAUUAAUUUGCUGGACACUGAGGAAGUCAAGUGUAAGAUUGGUUCCUUAAAGAUCUUGAAAGAAAUUAGUCGAAAUUCACAAAUCAGACGUGCCAUUGCCGACCUUGGAGGUUUGCAGACUAUGGUUAAAAUAUUAGACUCCCCAGAUAAGGAUUUGAAGUGUUUGGCUGCUGAGACUAUUGCAAAUGUAGCAAAGUUUAGACGUGCACGAAGAACUGUUCGGCAACAUGGAGGAAUCAAGCGACUGGUGGGUCUCUUAGACUGUGUUCCACUGGGUACAACUGCACUAGUUCUCGAUCAAGAAAAAGAUAUUGAAGUGGCACGUUGUGGUGCUCUGGCUCUCUGGAGCUGCAGUAAAAGUACAAGAAAUAAAGAAGCAAUUCGUAAAGCUGGAGGUAUCCCAUUGUUGGCUCGGUUAUUAAAGUCUCCUCAUGAAAAUAUGCUGAUUCCCGUAGUGGGUACAUUGCAGGAAUGUGCAUCUGAGCUAAGCUAUCGACUUGCAAUCCAAACAGAGAAAAUGAUUGAAGACCUUGUGAAAAACCUCAGUAGUAAAAAUGAAGAGCUUCAGAUGCAUUGUGCCAGAGCAAUAUUUAAGUGUGCUGAAGACAAAGAGACGCGUGAUCUAGUAAGACACCAUGGAGGCCUACAACCAUUAGCUGUACUUCUGAGCAAGGCUGAUAAUAAAGAGCUAUUAGCUGGAGUCACUGGAGCCAUUUGGAAGUGUUCUAUCAGUUUGGAGAAUGUUGCAGUAUUUCAAGAGUACAAAGUCAUAGAAACAUUGGUUGCGCUAUUGACUGGUCAGCCAGAAGAAGUGUUGGUUAAUGUCGUAGGAGCACUGGGAGAAUGUGCGCAGGAACCAAGUAAUCGUGCUGUAAUAAGGAAAUGUGGUGGGAUCGCACCUUUAGUCAGUCUCCUCACUGGAACUAAUCAGGCCCUUCUCAAAAAUGUCACAAGAGCAGUGGGAGCGUGUGCAGCUGAACCAGAUAAUAUGGCAAUUAUUGACCAGCUUGAUGGUGUUCGUCUGCUGUGGUCUUUGUUGAAAAAUCCUAAUCCAGAUGUACAGUCAAGUGCUGCCUGGGCUAUCUGUCCUUGCAUUGAAAAUGCCAAGGAUGCUGGGGAGAUGGUACGUUCGUUUGUUGGAGGCUUAGAGCUUAUUGUGAACUUACUGAAAUCAGACAAUAAAGAAGUGUUGGCAAGUGUUUGUGCAGCUAUAGCUAAUAUAGCCAAAGAUGAGGAGAAUUUAGCCGUUAUAACUGAUCAUGGAGUAGUCCCACUACUGGCCAAAUUAGCAAACACAACUGAUGAUAAACUCCGGCGCCACUUGGCAGAAGCAAUUGCCAGAUGCUGUAUGUGGGGUAACAACAGAGUUGCUUUUGGAGAGGCCAAUGCAGUUGCUCCUUUAGUACGCUACCUUAAAUCGAGUGAUGCUUCAGUUCAUCGUGCUACUGCUCAGGCCUUGUACCAACUUUCUCGAGAUCCUAACAACUGUAUUACCAUGCAUGAGAAUGGUGUAGUUAAGCUCCUUCUGGACUUGGUAGGCUCUACGGAUGAAGUCCUUCAGAAAGCAUCAGCUGGUUGCAUAGCAAACAUUCGCAGUCUGGCUCUGGCCAUAGAGAUGGCCGGACACAAGUGAAAAUGUACUUUUUCCAUCACAGCUCCCAUAUUUCAUUCCAGAACAGUUUAUUAUUUGUCCAUGUACUAUAAAUGAAAGAUUUACUGUGUAACAGUAAGUUGGAAAUACAUCAGUGACCCUUUUAUAUGGUCUAAAGUAAGCCAGAUGUAUCUGGAGACCACUUUGUUGAAUAUAAGAAAUAAAUAAGGAAUUGUAGUUUUAAUUUAUAUGUUUGCAUACUUUAAUGUAUAAAUCACUUUAUUUUAAAACUGAAAUAAACAGAAUAAAUAUUAAAUGAUAUAAAAUAUAAUUACUUUUAAGUUCAUUUUUAAGAUGGUUUAUCUGGUAUGUCUAAUGUCAUCACAAUAAAAUGUUUUCUUUGCCC